AUGGUUCGCCUCAAACUAGAACCACAGUUCUCAUCGCCCUGGACUCAACGCUUGGUAGACGAAUACCGAAAGGGCACCUUGCAUGUUCCUGUCUUGGGAGUCGAAGAAGAGGUGUCCCUGUUGGAUACACCGAUACCGGAAUAUGCAAAUCUUGCAGUACCUCUCGAGCCCCAGAAGUUGGAACGCCGAAAGCAGAAUUUGAAUUCUAGACUAUUACAACUCCCACUCGAGUUGUUGAUCCAUGUUAUUUCCUUUCUACCGGGACCUUCCUUCUACAUGGUUCAUCAAACCUGUCAGGUCCUUCGUGAGCUGACCGAAACUUGUCCAUUUCAAGAUUUUUGCCGGAAAAUGAUGCACCGCGAAGAUUCUUUCCACAUCGACAACGUUCGAUGCGGACAGCUACGUGAUAUAAAGCGGAUUUUCCUACGAAGCUCCUUAUGUAUACCAUGUGGCAGGCUUUUCAACUCAGGCGAAUUAGAGGAAAGAAUGAAGAAGCUUUGGCUACCAGUCUAUUGCACUGGAUGCCAAGCUACUCACCCAGAACUGGUUUUCUCCCAAGGGGGCAGAACACACAAUAUUUGCGUGGGACAACUGGGUGAAUUUGCCGCCUGUAAACAUCUUAAAGUCUCAGGCAAAGCCCAGGCAGAUAAAAGAGAGGAUGUUCAUAUUGAAUGCUUACACCCGGACCACUUUCCUGCGGCAACAGUGGCCUCUAAAGAAACAGCUCACGCCUAUAUACAGUAUCCCCCACAUUUCUCUACCUGUGGAUCCCGCAUCAUUUCUGGCUGUUUGAUUUCUGGCGGUUUGAACUACUCCCGAGCUAUUCCUUUGGUCAAGAUUGCACCUCAACAGUACCCUGGAAUAUCGGCGUUGAAGUCGCGGUUGUUCAAACAACUAAAGGAAUCUCAAGAUGGACUCUGUCAGCAUGCCUCAACUCAACUUGACUCUAUUAUAUCGUCUUUACCAUCAGAUGAAUGCGGUUGUUUCCCAAGGUGCGGCCCACCUACCCGUUACUCCUUGCCCAAGACCGGGCCUAACUAUCGGUGUGGCCACCACGGUUACGAUUGUUAUCUAUGCGGCGCACGUUACUGUUGGUUCUAUUUAAAUGGUUAUGUGACUCUCGGAGUUUCAAUUCGGUUAGCCAACGACAGUCUGUACGGCAUGGGCUACACCAUAGGCUGGAUCUCCAACAUCAUAUUUAAUCCCGACGACCACCCUGUCCAUCCAAUAUUGAACGAAAGCUCGAAAGGUGUUCUGUGGUGCAGCGAUCCGUUAUGUGGCACCGGAUCAGGCAAUCGUUGGCUAUUGAUGGUCGAGAUACUGAAAAGGGCUUUGGUACUCCGUAGAAGUCAGGGAUACCCCGGGCUUCCUCCACGGGGCUAUUCUUCGGCCGCCAAGUUGCCUUACACACUGGAAUAUCAAGUGUUCCAGAAUGCGGCAAACUGGAUGACGGAACCAGACAUGCUAAGCAGGGACCUAAAUUCCCCAAUGUCUUUUGAAUACAAUACUAUGACAAGAAUCUAA